AUGUCUGCCUUCGUGUGGAAAGCGGUGCAGCAGGACAGCGCCGUCCAGUACGAGAAGCUGCUGGACUUCAUCGACCUGGUCACCGAGAUCGUGCCGGAGCUUCUCAGUCCCAGUCAGAAGGGUCAGCUCGUCCUGGGCCUCAGAGCGAGGUUUGUCCUGGAGUUGUGCCGGGGCAACGGUGUAGCUAACAUCAAGGCGAUCCAAGGCCACCUGGAUAAAAUCCACACCUGCUGCCUGGAACUGAGCAACAAUGAACACAUGGAAAGCUCUGAUAUUCUGAAGACUUCCUAUAGUAACUUUGCAAGCUUGGUGCAGAACAUUUUGAAUGUUCCCUUAGAAAAGGAACUGUUCUUCCAAGAGGUUUUUCCUGAUCAUUAUGGAUUGGCCUUCAACCAGCGGAUCCAACAGCUUGUAUCUUUGCUUCUGUCAAGACUGGAGCAGCUGUUGCCUAUACCAGACCUGCAGCAGACUGCAAAUUGGCUCAAUGAGUCAUCUACUUCAGAAGACCUUGGACAUCAUCUAUCUGAACCUUUUCCUCUGAAGACUCUGCUGCUCCAUCACAGAGAGCUGGGGAUUCUCAGUUCAGUUUCUUCAAGCACUGAAGAGGAUGUAAUAUUAUCCACGCUGGCCCUCUCAACUCAAACCGAUCAGUUCAGUGAGGAUGAUGAAGAAGACGAUGAUAAAUUCGACAGUGAUGAAGAGACGCUGGCGCUAGAGGACUUAGAGGAAGACUCGAAUCAGAGCUUGGAUGACACAUCAGAAGACUGGGUGCCCAAAAAUAAAUCAGGGUCUCUCUCUCGUUUAUUCAUUUGUACCAAGAGUCCAGGCGCACAACCCAUACAGAGGACGGUUCGAAAGAACAUCCAGCGUCAGCAGCAGUGGGCAGCUUCUAUUCAGAACACCAAGGCAGUUAAAAAGGUCAACAAAAAUCAGCUGAAAAGCCAGGAGAUGAAAAGUAAAAACAAGACAGCUGAAGACAACCUAAAGAACCAACAGAGAGCCAAACAGAAAGACAGUGUUGACAAAAAGGGGGAACAUGACCAGAAGAAGGACGGACCGAAAAACAAAAGUCGGCGGAAACGGAAAGAGCCAACAGGGGAAGAUAAAAGAUUCCUGAGUACGCGACCUGUGAAGAAAAGCCUCACAGAAGAAGAACUCAAAUGCCCAACGUGCCAGAAGAGAUAUAAACAUCCUAACCAGCUUAAGACACACAUGAAGCUUCACUCCUUCCGCUACAGCUGCAUUGAUUGCGAGAAAGGAUUUACAAGCCAGUCUGGGUACUAUCAUCAUCAGAGACUUCACAAAAGAGGCCGAGAGUUCACCUGUAAGGAAUGCAAUAAGGGAUUCUUAUGCCGCUAUUCUCUCAAGCAGCACGAGCGCCUGCAUGAAGGUCCUACCAACUUUUGCGACAUCUGUGAAAGACACUUCAGCAAAAACGGCUUCAUCAGACACAUGCAGAUGCACAAGGGUGAAAGGAACUUCCUGUGCACCACCUGCGGAAAGGCGUUCCUCUCGUCCGGGGAGCUGCGGCUGCACAAUCGGUCGCACACGGGUGAGAUGCCGUACACCUGCAUCCACUGUGGGAAGGGCUUCUCCAGCAAGGGUCACCUCGUCGUCCACACGCGCUCUCACACAGGGGAUCGUCCGUACCUGUGCGCGGAGUGCCCCAAACGUUUCCUUACCCUGAACUGUCUCAAGAGGCACUCUCUCAGCCACAACGGGGUCAAGCCUUUCAAGUGUCCAAACUGUGACCGGGAAUUCUCCCAGCAGGGGAAUAUGAAAAGACACAUGGCAACUCAUAAACCGGACUGCUAGCGGUUUGACUUUGGUCACACAACACUUGAAACUAUGGUUUUCAGGAUCGUUUGGAAGAUUUUUAAUGAUAUGGUCAGUAAAACACUGUGUUAGUAAUUGCAGUCUGUUGUGGAACCUAUUAAAAUACAUUUACUAGUUGA